AUGCUCACUAAAGUCCUCUACGACCUCUGUGGCCGCGAUGAAUUGAUCACCGCCCUGUGCGACGAGACCAGAUCGGUGGUCCAGCGGGAGGGGUUAACGGUGUCGGCUCUGCAAAAUCUGCACCUGAUGGACAGUACCCUGAAGGAGUCUCAGCGUCUGAAACCGUCCCUGGCCGACCCGGACAGGUUUGAUGCCUACCGAUCGGUAAGGUUGCGCCAAACGGCAGGGAAAGAGAGAUACGCGCAGGUCACCACGCCGUCGCCCGAACAUCUGGCGUGGGGAUUCGGGAAACAUGCGUGCCCCGGAAGAAACCUGGUCGUAACGGAGAUCAAAAUCGCCCUGGUUCAUAUUCUGCUGAAGUAUGACCUCCAACUGGUCGAUGGCUUGCGUCCACAGCCGGUGAAGAACGGCAUUGUGAUGAGCGCCAACUCAACUGCUGCCGUAUGGGUCCGACGACGCCAGGAUGAUGUUUCUUUGUCAUUGUAA